AUGAGUCUGGUCGAGCUGCCAAGUCUGCACACCUUUCAAAACAGGCCUGCUGCGACCCACCGGUUGAGAACCAUAUGUUCUUCAGAGAAUGCAGGCAGUUUUGAGGCUUAUGUGUUGUUAUAUGUGAUUCAGUUGGAGAGAAGGCAUCUGCCCGUGUUGUUGAAGCAGUGGUAUCCGCAGCAGGUCCAUGUCCCGCUGGAAGAGGUUCAGGGUCUGCUGAAGGUCAUGAGGACAGAGGCAGAUGACCGGAUGAUGAGUGCAGAACUGGACAAUGCCAUGCAGUUUAUCUCAGAGCACAGCUGCACUGUGGACAUGCAACAAUAUUUAACUAACCAGAUCGAGCAGCUCAGAGGAGAGAACCAACAACUGAAGGCCGCAUUGAGACAGGCAGAGCUCAGACUCAGCACAAUGGCCGGAGAGAAGGCCUGUCAGCAGGCUGCGCUCUCAGAAAAGACCUGCAGUGUUGAUCAGCUUACUUUCGAGAAACAGCAGAUGACCGCUGAGCUGGAAGUGCGGCGUAUGCAGCUUACCCAGCUGAAAGAGGGGCAGGAAGCUUUUAAAGAGCUAUUUAGCAAUAAGACCUGUGAGCUGGAACAACAGAGCCUUAACCUCAGGACUCAGCUGAAGACCGUGCGGGCAGAACUGACUCAGGCAAACAGUUGGUUGAGAACCCUGGAGGGAGUUGAUGGUCAUGGUCUCAGGGUUGCUCUUGGGAUGCAGAAACAGAUCACUACUAAAAGAGAGCAGAUUGAUUUUCUGCAAAGCCGAAUUCAGCUGCUGGAAGAGACCAUUGAGAAGCUCAAGAUGGAGAAGCAUCGUCAGGCAUUGCUGGUUAAGAGACAGACACAAGAGCUAGUGUCAGAGAGGGAGAGCAGGAGAAGACUGGAGUCAGAAGUGGAGACGCUGUGCUCACAAGAGCGAGAACUCAAAGGCAAAGCAGAGAGACAGGAAGCAGCUUUAUUCAAGAUGUCUGACAGUUUGGCUGAAUGUCAAGACUUUAUUCAGAAGCAGGAACAGGAGCUUAUGAGGCUGAAACUGCAUCAUGCUUUAGAUUUAAAGGAAUUGCAAAGCCAGAACUGGCGUAACGUUCCCAGAUCUCCAGUCAGCAGUCGUACCCAUCUUCCCCUCGCUCAGCAGAACGUUAAUGGCCUAAUGGAGGUGAGAGUGUGUGACCCCAUUGUGGAGCUGAAGAGAGCUGUAAGAGAGCUGCGUGGCGGGAUUGUUGAAGAGCAAGGACCACACACUAGUACGAGCUUCAGGAGGAUACCCGAAGAAGACCACACAUCUAGACAACCAACAGAAACUAAAGAUGCUGGAUGUACCACAGGGCCAUUUGGGAGAAUAACGAGUUACAGUGAGCUCAGAACUGCUAAACCUUAUAAGCAGGAGUGCAACAGCCCUUUAUCAUCUGACAACAAUGCAGUACGCUCUAGAGCGGGCCAGAUGUGCUAUUCCCGCUCUACUCGUGCGGCAGGAUGCAGGUCUCCUGUGCACCUUCUCCUCACUUCUGAUCUUCCCGCUGACAGAAACUAUUGGCCCCCUUCCAGCGCUAAUCAGAUAUCUGCCAACAAUCAAGAUGAGCUCAAAGGACAGGGAUCGCGGAAAAAGAUCUGAACAGACCGUAGACCUUACUGAAGGAUCUUCAACUGAAGUACGUUCCGUUUUCUUUGUUGGAGAUGUUAUGGACAAUUCCUCCGUCACGCACAUAUCGGGAUCCAGGACUGACAACACCUGAUCAAAUAACUGUUGAAAAAGUUGGAGGCAUUGUAUAUUAUACAUUGCAAUUAAGAUUC